CGUCCCUUUUUUCAUCAGACUCUUUGAACCAAAUUUUCACAAAUAGCCAUGGCUAAGAUAUAUACACUUUUUCUAUCAAUUUUCCUCUUUUCUUUCACCAUUUCUUCAACUUCAAUCCAUGAGCUUCUCAGAAGCAGGGGACUCCCAGCUGGUCUAUUCCCAAAAAAUGCUGUAAAAUCCUAUGAUCUUGAUGAAAAUGGACACUUACAAGUCUACUUGGAUAGUCCAUGUGUUGCAAAAUUUGAAACAAGGGUGUUUUUUGAUAGUGUUGUAAGAGCUAAUCUUAGCUAUGGUGGUUUAAUUGGAGUGGAAGGUCUCUCUCAAGAAGAGCUUUUUCUUUGGUUACCAGUUAAAGAUAUCAUAGUUUAUGAUCCUUCUUCUGGUCUCAUCUUGUUUGAUAUUGGCCUUGCUCAUAAACAAAUGUCCCUUUCUCUAUUUGAAGAACCACCUAUUUGUAAUCCUCAAGGAAAUGCAGGUGUGUUAAUGGAGAAGGAAGGAAGGAAGGAAGGAGUCUGGAUUUCAGAUUGAAAGAUGUAAAAAAAAAAUUCAGUCAGUGAAAUCUGAUUAAGAAAACAAAAAUGCAAUUUUGCUGGCUGUGUUCUUUGAUUUUGGGUUUGAUUGAUGAAGGCAUGAAGCUUCAACAAAAGAGAUUUGCAAUGAGAUUCUCAAUUAGGUGCCUGUAGGGUUGUAUAAAGUGGAAACUAACAGUAUAAAGUUUUGGAAAGAGCAAAAUUUUGAAUUCUUCUUUCUUUUUUUUUUUUUACCAAAAAAAAAAUAAUUCUUGCCUCUUGAAAAAUUGAUAUACUACUAGCUACUAGUACAUUGAGUUAUGAUUAAUUACCAAAAGCAGAGAAA